AUGCCAUUGCUUGUCGGAAAACUAAAGUGCGACUACACUAUCCAAAGUUUUCCUGCGGUAGCCUGCAACGAUGCCACACCCGCUCUUUUUUCAUGCGUGCUAUUUUUGUACAACCACCACGUGCCAGGUGACGAAACGGGCACAUCGAAUUUCCAGACGGUCAGCAACGACACGCUGUUCUCGGUUAGUUGCGGUGGGUGCAGCUCGGCUACCCCCGCUCCAACAGCAGCCACCACCGCGGCGCCUACGAUCUUCAUCGGCGGCGAAGACUGCGGGGCGCUAACGGUGUCAGCCCCUUCGGCCCCCCACGUCGAGGGCUGCUACUUCGACACAAGGUUAACUCAGAGCUGGUACUCCGAGUUCGUGGAGAUCGAGUUGCCUAGCUUCACCCAAGAUGGGUCUCUGGCGGCGGGGCAGCUCUGGCUAUCGUGGUUGACCUACGCUACGAACGAGACGUUCUGGGGCCUCUUCUUCUACCCCACUUUUACUUCCUCGAGCGAGCAAUUGGUAUCUGUCUACUGCCUCUCGCAAGAAGAGGUAACGGAGGCUACUCCGGCGAAUACAACCUGGGAUUGUGAUUUGGACGGGGACUACAGCACAACCUUUGGGAUAGAGGAAACGAAGUUUUCGGUGACGUGCGGCUGUGCCACGGGUGGCGCUCUGGGGGGCACGUUGUCAGAGUCUCCGACCCCUGCUCCAACUCCUGGUCCGACCCCUUCGCCGACCGUCUCCGGCUGCGUGGCCGGAGACCCGUUUCUAGUGACUCUUCCAGCUGUACCUCAGGUGGAGGGGUGCUAUGUGGACUCCAACUUAAAUGAUACUGCAGGAUACGCCAUCUACAGGUCCACUGGCGGCGCGGAGAGUGCCGACGGACAAAGCUUCGUACUACCAACGGGAGAUGGGCCUGUGGAGGAAACGUACUAUAAGGAUUGGACGCUGGUGCUCUUUGAGUUUGGAAUCGAGGAACCUCGAGUGAUUUGCAGCCGGGGGAUGGACAGUAGUGACGGCACCAAUGGCCAUCCCGCGCACGGAGUUGCAAGCGCCUACGAUGACACACCUGGCGUCAUCUUCUGGCAUUGCGACCUUGAAGGCACCGGAAACGUUUCAUACAUGAACGCCUCUUCGUCGAUACUGAGAAUAGAGUGCGGAUGCCCUUCUUCAUUGGACUUCAAUGGAGCCACGGGUCGAGCAAAUGCGAACCAGCGCUCGCUAGGGACGACCCUGGUUCUUCUCUCUUCCUUGAGCAUGGCGAUGGGGGUGGUGCUGGGCGCGCUUUAG